UUGUCGUUUCAAGCCAAAGAAAAACCAAAAACAUGUCUAAAGAUAUCUCCACUUCUCUUUCUUCUUCUCCAUGCAAGAACACCAACGGAGAUAAUGAAUCCCGGCCGCCGGCGAAGAAGCUCAAACUCUUCGGCUUCGACCUCGCCGGAGGCGAAACCAACACAAACGUGUCGUCCAAGGAAGACCACGACAGCGCCAACUCCUCCUCCUCUUCCACCACCGUCGUCUCCUCCGCCGCCUCCGGUGACAAACCCUCCGCCGCAUGCGGCGGCGCCGGCGAGAGGAAAUUUGAGUGCCAGUAUUGUUUUAAAGAGUUCGCGAACUCGCAGGCUUUGGGAGGGCACCAAAAUGCCCACAAAAAGGAGAGGAUGAGGAAGAAAAGGCUGCAAAUUCAGGCCAGAAAAGCCAGUCUUAGCUGCUAUUAUCUUCAACAACACCCAUUUCUGCAAAAGAAUAAUAAUUCUUCUCCUUCAUGGCUAUUUGACCCUUCUUCUGCAAAUUCCUCCGAUCAAUUGCCCCCUUUUGAAGGCUCUCAGAUCAGCUUCGGCUCCCAAGAACCCUUUCUCCCAGAUUCAUCAUCAGCCAUGUUCUUCACUCUUUCAACCAAUAACCCCAGAAAGAUUAGCAAGAAUCAUCAUUCAAAUAAAACCUGCAAAUCUUUAGAUCUUCAGCUAGGAUUGAGCUUGCUGCAUUCAACACACUAGCUAUAGAUAUAGAUAUGUGUGUAAGACUGUAAUCAUCUUUAAUUAGUUUCUUUUUUUUUCCAGGAAAUUUAUGUUUAAUUUAUUGUAUGUCUUUCCAGAUCUGAUCUUCUGUAUAUGCUUAAUAUGGAAAAAAAGGCUGUAAAUUUCCAUCUUGGGUUGUUGACAUAUUUGGCCAUAGAAAAUAUAGUCAGUAAAAAAGAAGUUUUUAUAAAUUAGGUAGUGAUCUGAAUAAAUUAUUUUCGAGAGAUAUAUUUUAAUUACUUUUUUUUUUAA